AUGGCAUCUGAAUCCUCUAGCAUCUCUUCCACUUCACGAGAUCGAGGUGAUUCUACCCACUCAAAAAAAGUGACGAACAUGAAGGAGAUUGAGCAGAUUCAAUCCUCAAACUCAAAACCCGACAAACCUAUUGAUUUUAUGAAGCUAUCAAAAGAAGAUUCAGUUCCCGUGUCAAAGGUGAAAGAGCACAAUUUUUUUGGCCCUAUUCGAAUUGGUUCAUCGUCUUGUUUUCCUACCGACAACAAUCAAGGAAAAGAUGAGAACAUCAAUGAAGAGAAGAAUUCAGAUUCAAGAUCCUUUUCAUGCUCCUUUUGUAAGAGGCAAUUUUCUACUUCUCAAGCGUUGGGAGGACACCAGAACGCUCAUAAGGCGGAACGUACUUUAGAAAAGCAACGGAAACAAAGGUAUGAUGAUGGUGUUUUAGGUUUAGGGCAAUCUUACUUUAACUCUACUCUUUUUCGACCUUAUGAUUAUAGGUCAAUCGGGAUUAGAACCGAGUCAAUGAUUCAAAAACCACAUUAUUUUAGCCCUAAGAUUACCCCACACAGUUUUGGGUACAGCCAUAGUGCUUUGUUGCAAGAUAUCUUAAAUCCUUCUCUCGUGUCAUUGAGAAAUAUGGGGGGUAGUAAUAGAGGGUUUGGAAACCUAGGUAUUGGCGGUGCAACUACUUCAAGAAUCGAAGAUGGUACAAAUAAUAAUAAAAUUGGUGCUAUUUUAAAAUUGGGAGAUUCUUCUACAAAUAUUGCUACAAGUUCAAACUCAAACAUGGAAAAGCAAAUUAUUGUGCUUCCCACUUCUCCCAAAGAUGGUAUUCAUGAUCUAUCAAAGUCUAACAAUGAAGAAGAACCUUCCGAUUCUGGAUCAUCUGAGCUAGAUUUAUCACUCAAGCUUUAA